AUGGCUGCCUCCUUUGCUCGCCUGGCGGGCAAUGCCCCCAAAAAGCUGUGCCUCCGCCCCUCCGGCUUUGCUCGCAGCACCCUUGCUCCCAGAUCACGGUCGAUUGCGACGUCAGUGCCUCGCCGAGCCGCCGAGCCUACCAGCUACCAGGCCACUCGACUGAUUCCGACCGACCCGAGCUUCUCACAUUUCGCCAACAAGGACUCUGAAGUACCGGAGCUCCCCGCUGGUCUGGAGUCCGAGGCUGAGGGCGUCGGCCGCAAAAUUCGCCAUUACACCGUCAACUUUGGUCCUCAACAUCCUGCCGCUCACGGUGUGCUUCGAUUGAUUCUGGAAAUCAAUGGCGAGGAAAUCGUCCGCGCCGAUCCCCACGUCGGAUUGCUGCACCGUGGUACCGAGAAGUUGAUUGAAUACAAGUCAUAUAUGCAGGCGCUGCCUUACUUUGACCGUCUGGAUUAUGUCUCUAUGAUGACGAACGAGCAAUGUUUCUCGCUGGCUGUCGAGAAGCUCCUAAACGUCGACAUCCCCAUUCGGGCCAAGUACAUCCGUACACUGUUUGGAGAGAUCACCCGUAUCCUGAACCACCUCAUGUCCGUUCUUUCACACGCUAUGGAUGUUGGUGCUUUGACGCCAUUCUUGUGGGGUUUCGAAGAGCGUGAGAAACUUAUGGAAUUUUACGAGCGAGUAUCCGGUGCCCGUCUCCACGCCGCCUACGUCCGUCCCGGUGGUGUCUCCCAGGAUCUUCCCCUCGGCCUCCUCGACGACAUCUACCAGUGGGCCACUCAGUUCGGUGACCGUAUCGACGAAACCGAGGAACUCCUCACAGACAACCGUAUCUGGAAGGCCAGAACCCAGGGCGUCGGUGUUGUCAGCGCCGCCGAUGCGCUCAACAUGAGUUUCACUGGUGUCAUGCUCCGUGGUUCCGGUGUCCCAUGGGAUAUCCGCAAGUCCCAGCCCUACGAUGCCUACGACCAGGUCGAGUUUGACGUCCCCGUCGGUGUCAACGGUGACUGCUACGACCGUUAUCUCUGCCGCAUGGAGGAGUUCCGCCAGUCCCUCCGCAUCAUCCACCAGUGCCUCAACCAGAUGCCCGCUGGUCCCGUCCGCGUCGAGGACUACAAGAUCAUGCCCCCUCCCCGUGCCGCCAUGAAGGAGAAUAUGGAGGCCCUCAUCCACCACUUCCUCCUCUUCACCAAGGGUUACGCCGUUCCCCCCGGAGAGACCUACUCCGCCAUCGAGGCCCCCAAGGGUGAGAUGGGUGUGUUCUUGGUCUCCGACGGUAGCGAACGACCCUACCGCUGCAAGAUCCGCGCUCCCGGAUUUGCCCACUUGGGUGGUUUCGAUCAGAUCUCUCGCGGCCAUCUUCUGGCAGAUGCUGUCGCUAUCAUUGGUACCAUGGAUCUCGUGUUCGGUGAAGUCGACCGGUAA